AGUCCAUAGAUCGAUCGGAGAACGCGGCUAUAGCCGCGCAUACACAUGGAACUCUAAGAGUCGCGGACUAAUUUUAAUACAAUUGGUUAUUAUCAACGCUACGUGAAAUAACGCUCGGGAUUGUUCACGCGGAUACAGCUUUCUCCUGCUCGUGUGGAAAGUAAAAGUGUAUCGUGAAAGAUAAGCCCGGACAGCGGUUUCUCUGCGUUGUACAACGCAGCCACUUCCGGGCGGUCUAUAACAGCUCUCCAAUUCAAUGAAAAGUUGCUCGCGAGGUCAGAAUUUUGAAACAGGUGCGAUGACACCGGACCACCUAUAAGCAUGCACUCGUUUGCCAAAAGAAAAGCGGGACGAUCGAACGUUCGCCGCUUCGACCCACAAAAUAAUGGACCAGUCAAUAAAAAUUGCAGAAAAAAAAAACACUAUACCAGCGGAAUCGGACGCAGAGUAUGGUAGAAUGGCGAAGCCACAAAACGAUAAAUAGAGCGAAACUAGAGAAAUACCUAUAGGUAGGUAGGUAUACCUAUAUAGGUACGUCACAAUAAGAGCGAGCGAGACGCGCCGGAGAACAAAGACAGAGGCAUCACAUCCUCUCCAGUAGCGUACUUAUACGUGUGCUGCAUCGCCGCCGCGUCGGACACGCACACAGCGGCGCGCAGCAGUCUACUCGAGCAGCUCGAGCUGGAGAAAGAAGCGGCAGCUCGCUCACUCGCGCUCCGAAUCUCCUUUUCACGAGUACCUUAUACCUAUCGUCUGAACGCGGUGCUGCGGCUGCUUUCGCGGGGACUCGACUCGACGAUGCAGCGCGGCGCGACGACGUGAGCGGAGAGAAAGACCGCACUGCUGCAGCCCCCGUGCUCUUUCAGCCAACUUGACAACUCUCACGCACCCACACCUCGACUCGCGACCUUUUAGUGCACUGAUUAAAAUGCCUGAAAGUGGAGCAGUCUACCAACCCACAACCGUGGGCUAUGCCUAUGACACUCGAGAUGGGAGCAGACUUGGAAUCAGGAGUAGCUUCUCUAGGAUCAUGUCCAGGCACAAGUUCAGCACCAGAAAUUGGCUUGAGUGGGUACUGUUUUCAGUUGCUGUUGCAGCAUUCAUUGCUGGACUCACAACGAUGCUUGUUAACUUGGUUUCUGCUGAUGACCAAGCUAGUACACCAAAGAAGAUUGAUGGAACAACCCCUGCCAAGGACUCGAACACAGAAAUAAAAGAACAUUCAGAAGAUGGAGCAAGAGCAUCUAUAGCUGUAGGUGCGGCUAUGAUGUUGCUUGGUCUCUUGAUGGGAUUCAUCUGGGCUUGGCUGCGAUUCUUCCGACGUGGAAAGUCACCUAGAGGUGGAAUGACAAGCAACAGUGGUCAGUACGGGCCAGUACUAACUGAGCUGCCUAGCCAGCUGAAAUCCAAGCAAGUUAACAGCCUAGAGGUUUCCACCGCUAUUCCAAUGUCGGAUCAGGAAGAGGAGACACACACCCUCAUGGAGGACUCGCAACAAGUCACAGGGCCCAGUACCAUCACUAGUCAAAUACCUGGCUGAGUAAAAAUAUCUGCAUUGAUUAGGCCUAAGAUGAGCAGGCGUCGCGAGGUCAAUUUCUUUUCUUCCUUUCUUUCUUCAUUGACUCGUAUAAGUAGAUAGUUCAAAACCAAGGAUGGGUUUACGCAGUUUGAUAGUUAGAUAUAGCAAUGUAAAAGUCACUUACUUUCGCUCGAUAUCUAAUGAGAUGUGCAAACAAAUUCCUUUUUCUCAUUUCUAAACAUUUUCAUAGUUAAAGAAAUUUAAUUGAUAAUUUCAUAAGAAUUGAAAUCUUAAAACUAGCCCAUCCUUGGUUGCGGCAAUAAACAUCACACUGAUGAAGAAAAACUGGAUUAGUUUGUAGCAAAUUACCAGAAGAAUUAUUUCAUCUAGAAUUUAUGUAUAGUUUACAUAAUGAAAAAGUCGAUUAAUAAUUUUAAAUCGUAAAAAUUAAUAGUUCUGUUUAUUAGCUUUUUUACAGACAAUUAUGAAAGAUAUUGAUUUCUUUGAAUUAUUGAUGGUUGAAUGUAUAAAAUAUUCAAAUUUUUUAUAUAUGUAUAGUAAAAGUGAUUGCUUCAAACUUAUACCAAGUAUAUAAUAUGUAUAUAGAAAUAUAUAUGCAUUUUGCUAAAUAAUCAACUUUUUCAUCACUCCUGACAUAUUAUUUACAUUAUGCUGAUAGGAAAAUAAAAUAAUUAUGUUAAUGCCUUUUACUGUGAAUGAAAAAUAACAAUUGCAUAGAAAUUUGUCAUUCGAUAUUUAAAAUUUUUUUAUAUAAAUAUAUAUAUAUAAAAUUAGCAUUCACAUUAUUGAGAGAAUCUCUUAGGUAUACUGCUAAUAACAGUAUCUAUGCAUACUUUAUAAUGUAUUUCCAAUUACAUAUAUAUCUAGAUCUCAAGUAUCUUAAAGUGCAAAUGAACUAAAUAAUAAGAGCAAGUUUUUCAAUCUCCAUAUAAAAAAAUCAACUUUAGAAAAUAUAUUUUUUUUAGACUUUGAUGGAUAGAAUUAUAAAUAAGCAAAAACAAAUAAAAUCAUUGAAAUAUUUACUCAUAUAACUAAAGAAAAUAAUUUUUUCGAAUUUUCAAGUUGCAUCAAACAACAUAGCAGCAAUGUUGAUUUGAUUUUUAACUACAAAGGACACAUAUGUCCAUCACCCAAAAAUAAUAAAGUGCAUUUGUUAAGUAGAGAUUUCAGUCUACUGGCACAUAUUACUGGUAAAAAAAUAGAUAAAAAAGUUUAAAUUUCACUAAAUAUAAUUUAAAAAAGUGUACACAAAGCAUAUUUUCAGCUAAGCAGAGACAAUCAGGGAGAUCGGGUACUCAAUUUUAAUAUUAAUCAGAAUGACAUUACCAGUAUAGAAGCAUUGGAUUGCAUAUAAACUAUCUCAGCACAAUGAGUUAUUAUAGUAAUUUAAAAAACGAUUGAGAAAAUUGCAUUUUUUGAGCAUACACUAUUUUACAUUUGUAGAUACCAAAAAUGAGAAUUAAUUGAAAAUGUGGCCCUAAAAUAUUGUUAAACAGUAUUGUUAAACACAGUGAAUAUAGGGAACGGAUAUUUAACAUAUGUUUAAUCAGUCGAUUGACUAUAAUGACCCGUUUAUAAAAUUUUAUUGUUUUUAAUUUUUUGUACUGCAAAAUAUUCAAGUAACUUGCAUAAUUUUCAAAGCAUAUCUGUUCUCUAUUCCAACCCAGCCCUUUGUUCUCUGCUAAACACUAGUAUUGUAAUCUUAUAAUAAAAUGCAAUGAGAGAGGAGAAAAAUUAAUGUAUCUUAUCGUUUGGUGCUUGUAAUUAUUGCUAGAACGAUGUGACUGAGCAAUAAAAAAUAAUGCAUAAGGGACAUGAAUAAGAAUUUGCUUAAGAAUAAUAAUCUUGGGAUUGUUUAAAAAUUA